CUCUGCCACCGGAAAAACACCAUGAAACCUCGCUUUUCUCAUAAUGCCUACUUUUUAGCUCGCUAUUCACAUCUCCGUCGCUUCCACCAUAAUCAUCGUCGAACUUUCAGCUCUUUCCUCAACAAUAUCCGUGCGAAUUAUUACGGCACUCGCGCUUCGUCUCUCGGUGGUAGCAACGGAGCCGGAGGCGGAUGUGGUGGAACUGGAGAUUCCAAAGGCAAUGCUUUUCUUUUACCCGGAGCAACAAUGGCUACUAUCCUUAUGCUUGGAGCUCUUCAUGCCCGCCGACUCUAUGAAGACAAGAAGAUCGAAGAGAAACGAGAAAGGGGAAUCGAACUUGAGUUCCACCCAGAUGUUAAAGCCUCGUUCCUUGGAGUUCUGCCUCUGCGAUCAAUCUCAAGAGCCUGGGGCUCCUUAAUGAGUCUGGAAAUUCCGGUGUGGAUGCGUCCGUAUGCUUAUAAAGCCUGGGCUCGAGCUUUCCAUUCAAAUCUUGAAGAAGCAGCUCUGCCUCUUAAAGAAUAUGCUUCGUUACAGGAUUUCUUUGUCCGUAGCUUGAACGAAGGUUGCAGGCCUAUCGACCCCGAUCCUUGUUGUCUGGUUAGUCCUGUGGAUGGCACCAUUUUAAGGUUUGGGGAGUUAAAAGGAAGUAGAGGGAUGAUCGAGCAAGUCAAAGGACAUUCUUACUCAGUACCGGCUCUUCUAGGAAAUAACUCUCUGCUUCCCAUGGAACCUGAAGGUAAAGAUGAGUCUGAGGAAGAAGCUGUUGGAGAGAAGAGUGACAAAUCUUGGUUGAGAGUCUCUUUGGCAUCUCCAAAAUUACGGGAGAACAUCUCAUCUAGUCCAAUGAAGGGGCUCUAUUAUUGUGUGAUAUACCUACGACCAGGGGACUAUCAUCGAAUACACUCUCCAGUUGACUGGAAUGCGAUGGUCCGACGACACUUUGCAGGCCGGUUGUUUCCCGUGAACGAGCGUGCUACAAGAACAAUAAGGAAUCUCUAUGUCGAGAAUGAAAGGGUUGUGCUUGAGGGGAUAUGGAAAGAAGGUUUUAUGGCACUUGCUGCUGUUGGUGCGACCAACAUUGGAUCCAUUGAGCUUUUCAUUGAACCUGAGCUAAGAACAAACAAGCCAAAGAAGAAGCUAUUUCCUACAGAGCCACCCGAAGAGCGGGUGUAUGAUCCAGAAGGUCUUGGCUUAAAGCUCGAGAAAGGGAAAGAGGUAGGUGUAUUCAACAUGGGAUCUACUGUAGUGCUCGUUUUCCAAGCACCAACCGCAAAAUCACCCGAGGGUUCAAGCAGUUCCUCAGAUUACAGAUUCUGUGUCAAACAAGGAGACAGAGUCCGCGUUGGACAAGCAUUGGGAAGGUGGGAUGAGUAGUACAUGGCGUUAAGCACUAACAACAUACCACACUGUUGUUUUAUUUUUGUUAGGUUUCGCAAACACGAUCUGACCAAAUCUUCAAUCAAUUACCAAAAGUGUUUAUGCAUGUCUCUACUUGAGGCUAUACUUAUAAACAAAUUUUGUAAUU